GUGGUGCUGGUGGGAGACCCGGGCGUCGGGAAGACCAAUCUGCUAGCCACCUUCCUCGCGGCAGAUGCCGUCAACGAAGACGGAGUCUCGCGCUCAUUCUCCGCCGUUCGUAAACCAACCAUCGGUGUAGAGUUUGCCACUGCCAUUGUACGCCACCCCAACGGGAAACGCCUCAAGGCGCAGAUCUGGGACACAGCCGGACAGGAGCGCUAUCGUGCGAUCACCAGCUCGCACUACCGUCGAGCUGCGGGGGCGCUCAUCGUAUUCGAUGUGACCAGCCGCGAGACGUUCCAAAACGCCCAAGCGCACUGGCUCAAGGAGCUGAAGGCCGCAGCGGGUCUGAGUAGCACCCUGACCAGCUGCAUCAUGCUUGUGGGCAACAAGGUGGACUUGGAGUCGCCACAGGCGAUGCUCGACACAAACUACGUCGACCAGGAGCAGCACGAGACAGCCGCCACAUCACUUGGCCUCAUGCACCAGCGCGCAUCGGCCAAGACCUGCUUCAACGUGCGUCAAGCGUUUGAAGACCUCGUGAUCGCCAUUUACGACGCCGAU